UAAUAUUUUCAAGGCUUUUUACUUCCAAUUUCCCAUUUUGACUACACCGGCGAGCAGGGAAAAGAGUAAUGGCCACUGAGGUUACUGAUCGGAAUCUCUCAACUCCGACAUUCUUUGUCGCCGUACACGUCGGCGCUGGAUAUCACUCGCCGUCGAAUGAGAAAGCUCUCCGUUCAGCAAUGAAACGAGCGUGUCUCGCUGCCGCUUCCGUUCUCCGAAAGGGUGCUGGUGGAUGCAUAGACGCUGUUACAGCAGCAAUUAAAGUAUUGGAGGAUGAUCCAAAUACAAAUGCUGGACGGGGUUCAAAUUUGACAGAGGAUGGUCAUGUGGAGUGUGAUGCUAGUAUUAUGGAUGGUGAUUCUGGAGCAUUUGGUGCUGUAGGUGCAGUGCCAGGUGUCAGAAAUGCCAUUGAGAUUGCUGCUUUGUUGGUCAAGGAACAGAUCUAUGGUUCUUCACUGCUUGGACGAAUAUCUCCAAUGUUUUUAGUUGGUGAAGGUGCAUGUGCAUGGGCGAAGUCCAAAGGUGUUGUUUUACCAUCAACUAUAACAGCGGCUGACGAGUCACUUGUUACUGAGAAGGCAAGAACUCAAUGGAAAAGAUACAAAGCGAUGCUUGAUGAUGCCAAAACUGUUAUUGAUGCUCCGGACAUAAAGCUGACCAAUGCCAAGGAGACUAAUGCAAUAUCUGAAGUAGAGAGCCAAUCAUCUGAUCAAUUGAGGGGAGAUGGAGUGGGUGACCAAAUCUCCUUGCUCGAUGCAUUAGACGAAGACUUAAUUUCAGACACUGUUGGGGUUAUCUGUCUCGAUUCGAAAGGACAUAUGGCUUGUGGAAGCUCUAGCGGUGGGAUAGCACUGAAGGUUAGUGGGCGUGUGGGUCUAGCAGCAACGUAUGGUUCCGGUUGUUGGGCAUCGUCAAGGGGACCUUUUGGAGCUCCAUUUAUAGUGGGAUGCUGUGUCAGUGGUGCUGGAGAGUACCUAAUGAAAGGAUUUGCUGCUCGGGAAUGCUGUAUCUCAUCAUCACUGUCUCAAGCUGGUCCAUCUUCUGCCUGUAAAAAGGUUUUGCAAACUAUUCAAGAAAACAGUCAAUGCGGAGUUGACCAAAGUGCUGGAUUCCUUCUAGUUCAAGCAGAGCCUCCAAGACUGGUUGGGGGCAGUUUGGCUAGGCUGGAAGCUGUUGAGAUUGCUGCUGUAUAUUCUUCCUCAUCUUUUGGAAUAGGUUAUUUUGGCAGCUCUAUGGAUACGCCCAAGGUUUCAGUGCUUAGGAGUAAAAAACAGCAAAAUAAAGCUGGAAUUGAUGAGUUUGCAGCACGAGUUAAUCUCGUCUCCAAAGAACGGUAGUGUUGCAGCAGGAGAGCAGGAGUUUCAAUUGGACAAAAGACUUUCGCAUUUCAAUGGCAUCAUCAGUUAAACUAAUCAUCCAAGAUACAUCUGAGACCGAUAGAUUUGCAGUUGAAGGAACGUUAUAAAUGUAGUUGAGCCGAAAGGUACCAGAGAUUCAAAUGAUGAAUUAGCUAAGAGAUAGGUGUUUUGACAUGAUCAACUAAAAUUGAAUUUGAUAGCUAAAAGAGAAUAACUCAAGUUUAUUUUUUUCAUCAUAUGGAAAAGGGUGUCUUUUUGGGAUGAAGAGUUAACACAA